GUAGCUCUUCUCUCUAUUUCUCGUUUUGAAUUCCCAUGGGGGCGGCUCGAGUUAUCCAGCCAGCUUCUGUUCGUAGCGGCAGUAGCAGCAGCUCCACGCUUUGUUCUUCCGUGGAUAGCUCUGGAGUGGCAUCGUCUUCUUCAUUGCCACUUCAGUCGUGUUCUUUGAGCUCCCUGUCGCGACGCAAUCUGGGUCUCCGAGCAGCCACCUCCGAGGUCGAGUGUGCGUUUUCCAGGUCCAGGCUUGUCCAAUCCGUCCGUCGCCCAGUUCUUCGAAGAGCUCAGGACACGCAGCAAGAGCCCAGCUUCAAGACUUUGGCGGUGGAGGACGAAGGUGUGGAGGUGGAAGGCGUGAUAAAGGUGGACAAGGAGAGAACAGCUCGACCAUCGUGGGGGAGAGUACUUGUUCUAGCUGGAGGAGAUUUGCUAGCUUUGCUCGCGUUCGCGUCGAUUGGACGAGCAAACCAUGGAUCGUCGCCGCUCAGCUGGGACAUUUUCAGGACUGCUGAUCCUUUCAUUGCCGGGUGGCUGCUGGGAGCUUAUUUUCUCGGUGGCUUUGGCCCGGAGGGUCAAGGACUCUACGGCUUGCGUGGUGCUACCUUUUCAGCAAUCAAGUCAUGGGGCGUAAGCAUUCCCCUGGGCCUAGUCAUUCGAACGUUGAUCACGGGUCACACUCCACCGCAAACUUUCAUUUUGAUCAGUAUGGGGAGCACUUUCGUUCUUCUGGUUUCCUGGCGAACGCUUUUCACGGCUCUCUUCCCAAAUGAGGACACGAGCAGGGACACCAGCGUUAAGAAAGGAAGCAUUCUGGAGUUUUUCGAGCUUCUAACAUCGUUGGUAAGACGAUGGUAGCACAAAGUCCAUCGGCUGUAAGCGUUUAACGUUUUUAACGAGCUCGUUAUCAAACUACUUAGGGAACAAAGUCGGAGUUUUGAUUUUUCUAACAGUUUUCACUUUGCGCUAGAUACUCACUCGAUCCAGUGGGGCUCAAUUCGACUUUUCCAGAGUUUUUCUUCCCUGGCCAGGACCGAUUCAUGCUGCCAGGCAUGUUUGAAACGAUGCGAUUCAAACCAAACCCGGCCAGCGGAAGCAAGCACAGGCACACAAGUCGUGCCACCCACAUUCCCGAGCUUGUCGAAUUAUCAAGCCAAAGGUUAAGGUGGCUUUCAAGAGAAUCCAUCGUCGUCCAACGUCCAGGCGCUCGAGAGAGCGAAAGAUCAUUGCUUACACGACGAGAAAGAAAGUUUUCUUUGCAAGCUCGUCAAGUAACGAUGUGGUGGUGGUGGCUGCUCCUCGUCAUGCUUCUCGACGCAAGGAUGAUCGCUCUCACCACAGCGGCAAGCUUUUUUUUCUUUUUUUCUUUCGAUUCACAGGGAGAUCGAAGUUCUUUGGUUUUCGCUGCAGGAGUGUCGCUACGAUCUCACAUUCUUCCCGAGCAGCGAGUGCUUGGAUCGGUGGAGCAGCUCCCCUCGAGUCUCGGUUCUGGUGGAGCUGGGAAACGAGGAGCAGGAAUUCGUGAUGUGGGGGCAGUCCGAUUUGCCGCAGACAAAGGAUCGGUGCGGAGAGACCACGCUGCGGCUGGCGAGCGGCGGCAAAUGCUUGGCGGGCAUUUGCCAGAUGCGAUUGAUACGCUUCUUUGGAAGCUCGGCUUCCUCGAGCUCGGAUGAUGGAGACUGGCUGCUGCGAGCAGUGAGAAUUCAGACCAGCGACAAGAAUCUCGUCGAUUUCAACGUCACGGGACCGAUUUCGGUGGAUGGUCAGGCCUCAGUGGGAAGCUGUGUCGAUUCCACGGAAGAAAUCGAGGAUUAUGGCGAUGAAGUGGGUGACAUAGACUGGUCGUGAGAGAAAUGUGCUCUGUUUGCGAGGAACCCUAAAACAGAGUAUAUAAAUUUAACCUAAAACCAGAGUGCUCUGUUAGGGUCGUGGUGGUGGUGUUGUCUUGUCUCGAGCGCACCAAACAUUAUAAAAUCAAUGGAGAAUUCUUUCAA